GUCAGAACUACUGUGGAAGCCGACGUUGCAGCCAUGGAGGAAGUAAGAGUAUUUCCACUAUCCUGUGCGGUACAGAAUUAUGCAUGGGGUAAGGUUGGUCUGGACAGUGAGGUGGCCAAACUGGUUGUUGGUGGGGAUACUUCUACUGUCAUUGAAGCAGACAAACAUUAUGCUGAGCUGUGGAUGGGCGCUCACCCAAAAGGAGACGCCCUCAUCAAGGACAACAGGAUAGCCCAGAGGACGCUGGGCCAGUGGAUCGCAGACUACCCAGCAUGUUUGGGGUCAAAGGUCAAAGACACUUUCCAGGGCCAGCUGCCCUUCCUCUUCAAGGUCCUGUCGGUCAACACCGCUCUGUCCAUACAGGCCCAUCCCAACAGGGAGUUAGCUGGACGUCUCCAUGCUCAGUUUCCAGAGCAUUACCCUGACAACAACCACAAGCCUGAAAUGGCCAUCGCACUUACUCACUUUGAAGGCCUCUGUGGCUUCAGGCCUGUGGAAGAGAUCAUUGGCUUUCUCAAAUCUGUCCCAGAGUUUCUCGCCCUAGUCGGAGAUGAGGCUGCACAGGAGCUGCAGAGCAGUAUCGGGGAGGCGCGCCGCAUCUCGCUGGCCCUCAAGAAGUGCUUCACCCGCAUGAUGAACUGUGAGAAGAAGGUGUUUGUGGACCAACUCAACAUGCUGGUGAAAAGAGUCACUGAGGAUGCUGCUGCAGGGAAGGACACACCGGGCAGUAACGGAGAGCUGCUGCUCCGCCUCCACUCCCAGUAUCCGGGUGACAUCGGCUGUUUCUCCAUCUACUUCCUGAACCGCAUGGUGCUGGAGCCCGGCCAAGCUAUGUUUCUGGGAGCCAAUGAGCCGCACGCGUACCUCUAUGGAGACUGCGUCGAGUGCAUGGCCUGCUCAGACAACACGGUGCGCGCCGGUCUGACGACCAAGUUCAUCGAUGUCAGCACCCUGUGUGAGAUGCUGAACUACAGCCCGGCUCCGGCCAGCGCCAAGAUCUUCCCCUCCAUACAGGACCCCUCAGACCCCUUCGUCUACCUCUAUGACCCCCCUGUCCCCGACUUCACUGUCAUGAGGAUACAGGUACCAGUCUCUGUCAAGCAGUACACGGUGGCCCCGGUGGACUGUGCGGGUAUCCUGCUGGUGAUUGAGGGUGAGGCCACUGCCACCUCUGCCCUCUCUGACAUCACCCUGAGGCGGGGUACCGUCCUCUUCAUCUCAGCCAACGAGAGCGUCUCCCUGCACGUCACCUCCCCCUGCGGAAUGACCAUGUAUCGGGCCUGCAGUCUCCUGUAGCCCCGAGCCUUCUGAUAACGUUUUAUCAAUAUUUCCUUCCAACGUCAACCCAACCUGUGGUUCUCCGUGCCAGUCUCCAUGCCAGUGGUGAUAGACUGAGGAUGGCCUACUAACGGUUUGAACUCUGGUCUAUGUGUGGUUUCCUUCUUCCAUUCCUCUUUCUCAGACCCUGAUAGGUACAGUAACAGCUAGUGUGUGAUAUGCCCGUAUGGUUAGUCUACUUGCUGUGGUCCUCUCAUUCUGCCCAUGUUUGUGUGACCGUUUCUAGAGUAUCGAGGCAGAGUGAUUAUGGAGUUUACAUUGGUACAGUAUGUCUCAACUCACCUCUCAGUAGAACUGUCACGUACUGGGUAUUAUUGCUGAUUGAGCAUGUUCUAAUUAAUGACCUUGUAAGCCGGAAUUAUAUAUAUUUUUCCAGGGCAGUGGGUGAAAUCUUCUGUUUAAUAUGACUGCUUUUAAGACAAUACAUCAUAUGACAAAAAACAGUAUUUUAACAUAUCAGCUGUAUUGGGAACAUUUGGCAUUUAGAGUGCUGAGAUCCCUAUGCAUGUUUGUGGCACGAAGUCAGAUAGUCACAGACUGCAAUGUAGUCCUCAAACACGUACAAUACCAUUCCCUAAAGGUGAAAUUCUUUAUGACCAAAGUUUUGCAAUGUAGCCGUAACUAUUGAAGUUGUAUAUUAUAGUUUGUUAUUCCAAGACUGUUGGUGAUUUCAUUUUACAUGAUGAGAAUGUUUCUUCCAAUAGAGGGCAUGGUUUUGCAUUUUUGACUAUAGCCUACGACUAGCAUGGAUCUCUACAGAGAGCGUCUAUAUGUGAAUAAAAAAAAUCCCCAUUCUGUACCAA